CACAGCGGUUGCCGCUUCAAAGCAGCCCGACGAAGAUCAAGCAAGGAAAAGAAAAGAAAGAAAAAGGAGGGAAAAAACAAAAACGAAAGAAAUUGGUCCAAAAGAUCCGACCGCCAGUCGGAGACUCCUUGGCCAGAGUCCAAGCCAGACAGCAUGAGGCUAACGCUUGCCUGGCUAUGUGUCUGCUUGGCGAUUUAUUGCGGCGGCCAUGGCAAUGUGGUCUUAUCUUUGCCACCAUCGCUUAUCGCCACGGCCACGGAGGCAGCGGCCUUGAGGCAGCAACAGCAACACCGCUGGAAAAAGGAUGCACGCGUCCUGCUUGACAGCGGCAACGAUGCACUGCGCGAUAUGCUGCACAGCAAGGCGUCGUCGUCGUCGUCGUCGGCGGCCAAUGCGGCAAAUGGCAAAUUCACUGGCCAAGAUGCGGAGGUGGAGGUCAUGGAUGUGGAGCAACAGCCGCAGCUUGCGGAUUUUAAUCGAAAAGCAUUGAACGAGGCAUAUGAUUUAGAGGGCCAGCAACAGGGACUGGCUCGCAGGGAGCAGCAAUCAAUGCCGCAGGAAAUUGCAGUGCCGCAGCGUUCCGCCACCAAUGUAGCUGGUCUGAAAUAUGCCACGCCCCAUAAGUACUGGGAGAGUCGUUGCCAAGGGGGGCUUAAAGGCAGCGCUAACUGUCCGCGGGAAUACUAUCGAGCCAUGUUGGCGGCCAGAAACAAAGACGCCCUCAUGCAGAUGAAUUCUAUGCAGGAUUCUUACACUGGUUCUGAUGAUGCCAGUGAUGAUGUGUCAAUGGAAGCGGAUGAAUCGGAGGAUGAGGAUGAGAGUAGCAACGAUGUCUUUAUGCUACUCACAGGCGAGCAGGAUUUGAUUAAAUUUCUUAACUGGGCCAUGCAGCGAUUAUAUCCCUAUGAACGUUUCGGCGGUAAUCUAAGUGAAAGUGCUGCAGAGUUUUAUCAUCCCGGCAUGUUCUUGUGGAAGAAACUUAAUCUAUCGGGACACUUGGAACCACCUUUGAUUGUCGAUGAGCCGCAUUAUGUUCUAGUGCGACGUGAGAAAUUAUUAGAUGGCUAUCAGAUGGGCGACGACGUCCUGCAUGAGGAGGAUGACGAUCCGUUUAUACCGCCACGGGGACGCAAACAUAACUCACCCGAUCUGGAUGCAUUGAUGAAUCGCUAUGAGACAUUUAUGCCGAAUCGCGGCAAACGAGACAAAGUCAAAGAUCUUUUCAAGUACGACGAUCUAUUUUUUCCGAAUCGUGGCAAAAAGCAUCGCAACAUUUUCCAGGUGGACGAUCCUUUUUUUCCCAAUCGUGGCAAGAAGCUACAACUGCGGGAUCUUUACAACGUUGACGAUCCAUUCUUUCCGAAUCGCGGCAAGCGUCACAUGACAAGGCCUGCUGCUGCUGCUGCUGCCGGCUUGUGGGCCAAACUCUUGCCAAAGAGGAAAUUGCAAACUGGCAGAGACAACAACAACAACAACAACUACAACAACUGGCCGCAAAGAAUGUCAACGCAUAAAAUUAAUAGUUACGAUCAAUCAGUCAAGUCAUCACUGUCAGCAAUGGAUGCUGCUGCAUCAGCUGAGGGCCCACAUUGGCAACGUUUGCCAGCAAAUAGAUUGCACUCGUCGACAAGAUCAAUGUCAGAGCAUCCGCAGCAAGAGCAACAGCAGCAGCAGGAGCAGCGUGUCCGCUUCAUUGCCAAUCCAACCAUGCGCCAGCAGGUGAAAUCAACAUGGCCAUUUCAGCGCUUUCAGCGAUCCCGCGAGACACAAUUAACACGCUCGCUCAAUGCUAAUCUUGUACAUGACACUGACAUUGGCACUGACUCCAACAUCGACACUGAUUACGGCAAUUUGGUUAUUUAAAUGUAAUGCAAUCUCAGGCAGCUUCCUCUUGGCCCACCAAUUGCUCCUUCUCCGCCCCUUGGCCAACCAACAUAAAACUCAUGUAUAAAUUUAUAGCAUAAAAUAAACUAAAGCAUGCAAUUGAUUUUGAGAAAAUCGAAAAGAA